UAGAGAGUCCGCGCACCAUGUCUUGAAAAGCUGCGAGCAAGCGCUAUUCAUUAUCAGUUUUGUAUUAAGCACUAUAAAAACUCGUUUUUAUGUGUGUAGCAGACCUAUUUUUUAUUGUAAAUGUGACUGCCUUCAUGUCAUUUUUACUGUACGCCCAGGUAGCCGGAAUAUAGAGGGGGGAACUACACGCGCGUACUUUAUGUUUUGAAUUUAUUUGGUAUUUUUGGUGAUUUUCUUAUCGGAUUUAGUGCUUUGGUCGAAGCCCCUCCUCUGGUGGGCGGGCGUGCAUUUCUGAGUUUUAUUUCUUGUCCUUCUCUCCUCCUAUCGCUCUGACACGUCUGCAUUGACUGAGUGGCGUUGGCACGCUGUCAAUCGCUCACCACAGCGGGCAUCAAACACCAUAAAACACACACACACAGUCAGGACUUGAGCUCAUAAAUUUCAGCAAGCAGGUAUUUUUUUGCACAUUGCUUUAGAGCGGUGUAAUUAAUUUAUUUUUUGCAAUUAUUAUUUUUUUUUUUCCUCAUCUUUUUUUGUGUGUGUUUGCUUUUUCCCCUCCAAAAAAGAAACUCAAAACUUUUGUGGUUAAAUAAUAAUAAUAAUAAUAAUAAUAGUAAUUUAAGUUUUUGCUUUCUAUUUUUGUAUGUAUUAUUUCUAUAGCAUUAUAGCGGGAGAGAGAUAGUGUGUAAUCUGUUCCCCUGCAGCUUUGCAUUUUUUUUUUUUUCGCAUCCUGCUGAUUUAAUGAGGAUUUGGACAAGUUUGGAAGAAGAUUUUCACGGGGAGAAAGAAUUGCCAGAAGAUUACAAACAUACCAAGAAAGCUACAAGGAUCAAUAGCCGGCACAUCCAAGACGUCAAAUCAUAAGAAAAGAGACAAAUUUGCAGGAAGAUUUCAACAGGAUCAGCAAUAGACAGAGUGCACGAAAUUAAGUGCGACUGUGCUAACACCUCUACAGUACCAGUAAUACCUGUGAUACAUUGUAUUUUAUAACGAGGACGAUUUGCAAGAAACCGAUUGCAGCACACGCAAUUAUUAUUAUUAUUAUUAUUAUUAUUAUUAUUAUUAUUAUUAUUAUUAUUAUUAUUAUUAUUAUUAUCUUUGUUUUGGACAUUUUUGCGCGUACAGAUUUUUUGUUUUUUCUCUGUAUGUGAUUUUAAUUUUUUAAUUGUUUUUUUUUUUUUUUUUUUUUGGACGAUCCUUUCACUUUGUGAGAUUUGUGAAAGUACAUUGAUUGUCUUGCGGCAAAGGAUGGACGAGCAAGCCCGGAUCAUGCAGACUCUUGCGGGCGUAAGCCUGGCUUGCCACUCGGUCCAAGGGGGCAUGGCACUACCUCCUCCCCACGGACACGAAGGUGCAGACGGCGAUGGAAGAAAGCAGGACAUCGGAGAUAUUCUUCACCAGAUUAUGACCAUCACCGACCAAAGCCUGGACGAGGCGCAAGCAAAGAAACACGGACUCAACUGUCACAGAAUGAAGCCAGCAUUGUUCAGCGUGCUAUGCGAAAUCAAAGAGAAAACAGGCCUCAGCAUCCGAGGUGCUCAGGAGGAAGACCCCCCGGACCCCCAGCUCAUGCGGCUGGACAACAUGCUGCUGGCGGAGGGCGUGUCGGGGCCGGAGAAGGGGGGCGGCUCUGCGGCUGCUGCCGCCGCCGCCGCUGCUUCCGGAGGAGCCUCGGACAACUCCAUCGAGCACUCCGACUACAGAGCCAAACUCACGCAGAUCAGACAGAUCUACCACACAGAGCUGGAGAAAUACGAGCAGGCGUGUAACGAGUUCACGACCCACGUGAUGAACCUGCUCCGUGAGCAGAGCCGGACGCGCCCCAUCUCCCCCAAAGAGAUCGAGCGCAUGGUGGGCAUCAUCCACCGCAAGUUCAGCUCCAUCCAGAUGCAGCUGAAGCAGAGCACCUGCGAAGCCGUCAUGAUCCUGCGCUCCCGGUUCCUCGACGCCAGGCGAAAAAGGCGUAACUUCAGUAAACAGGCGACGGAGAUCCUGAACGAGUAUUUCUACUCGCACCUCAGCAACCCCUACCCCAGCGAGGAAGCCAAAGAGGAGCUGGCCAAGAAGUGCAGUAUCACAGUAUCCCAGGGUAUGGGAAACAGGAUCACAGUGUCGCAGGUAUCAAACUGGUUUGGGAACAAGAGGAUCCGGUACAAGAAGAAUAUCGGGAAGUUCCAGGAAGAAGCCAAUCUCUACGCCGCGAAAACCGCCGUGACAGCCACGCACGCAGUGGCUGCCGCCAUCCAAAACAGCCAGACGAACUCGCCCACCACACCAAACUCCGGUUCUACCGGUUCUUUUAACCUCCCAAACUCUGGGGACAUGUUCAUGAGCAUGCAGAGUCUGAAUGGGGAUUCUUACCAGGGGUCCCAAGUCGGAGCCAAUGUGCAGUCACAGGUGGAUACCCUGCGUCAUGUUAUCAAUCAGACGGCAGGAUACAGUGAUGGCUUAGGAGCUAAUUCUUUGUACAGUCCACACAGCUUGAAUACUAACGGGGGAUGGCAAGAUGCAACCACUCCAUCUUCUGUGACUUCCCCGACAGAGGGGCCUGGCAGCGUGCACUCGGAUACCUCGAAUUGAUCUCUUAAAUGCGCAGAAAGGCCUUGACUAGCACUGACUUGACCAAUAGGAGAUUAACGGAUUAUUUCGGAAACCAAUCGCCUGCUGCCUUUUACUGUAAAACCCUCCCCCUUUCUUUCUUCCCGUAUUAACAAACGAUGGUUCACGACAAGGUGAUUUUUUUUUUUUCCGUUUCUGACAGCGCCAGACUUGGCUCUAAACCUGCUCGCGAACCUCUACUGGAGUCCGGAUAGAAGCGGAUCAGACUUUUUGUGAAACUUUUUCAAACACACUUCUAGGUUAGCUGUUGUGCCAUUGAGCAGCGUCUUGGACUGAUGGACUGAAAACGCUCGGUCGACUGCCCUACUAGCUAACUGCAGGCUACUUUUGCUUUGAAGACCUGGGAGUUGCCUGGCAUGGUUCCAGCCGAGAUAAACUGUGCAGCAGUGUGGAUCUCACAGGAACAACGAGAGAAACGUUGUGUUGUCACAUUGAAUGGACGGCUGAAGCGGCAGAACGUGUUUCGUUUUCUAUUUAGAAAAUCACAGAUAAUGCGAUAAUAUUCCUAAAAUGGCUCACCAAGAUUGUUGAAUGUGUUUAUUCAUGGGGUGUAUUUUAUUUUGUAACUCCUAUCCCAGUAUCAUUAAGCGUGGUAUGCGAGGAAUGUUUGCUCACAGUUAUGUGGUAAUUUGUUUGUUUAAUGGGGCUAAUAUCUUACAGGCAGCUGGGGGCGGAGAGAGGGGGGGUGGUCUUUAUGCCUUGCAACCAUUAAAAAAAAUGUAUUUAUUACAAACCCUCGCUGUGCAGCGGAUUAAAUCUGAUAAUUAAAUAAACAGCUUGGGUUUUCAACAGUUUAAGAAAAGUGUCAUACGGCCACAAGAAGUAAAAAUGUUAUAGAAUGCUUUUUGAUGUGUUUUAAAUACUAAAUUAAAAGGUUUGGAAAACACAAAAUCAGCCCCUUAUUGAUGCUGUAUGUGCUGGACGUGGGUAUUACAUCAAAGCUACGGAAAUAGUCUGGGUUUUACAGUAAGAGAAAGUCGUGCACAGGUGUGGCAUCAAAAGGCACCAAUCACACAGAGUGUUGUAUAUAAUGUAGCUAAAGAGUAUUUAUACAUCUCACCAAUCAAGACACAGCUUUAUUACCUCAUGCGAUCUCAUAAAAACCAAUAGACUUUCAACAUGUUCUAUAGCUUAGAGUACUCACUUACUACCUCUAAACAAUAUCAACACAGUAGAUUUGUCUUUUCUUUUUUUUUGCAUCUUGUAAUAAACUCUUUCCAUUCCCCUUCGUGUAAUCUAAUGUAUAUUUUAAUCGACGCAGCUUUUAAAAAAAACAAAGACAAAAAAGAAAAAAAAAACAGCGAAGAAAAUAAGAAUUGGUCGUUGAAUUAACACACAAACAGUAAAACUGUUGUAAAUACUGAAGAACAUUUGGAAUGUUGCUCAUCUUGUUAAUAAUCCACACGAAACAAACCAAUAAAUGAAAUAACUGUAAUGCAUACAGGUUUCAGUAUUCGGUACUGUAUUUCAGACCCUGUGUGACAGGGGACACCCUUUCUCUCUCUUUUUUUGUAUUGUAUGCGAUUCUGAAACUGAUUUAAGUCAUGAAAAGAUACUUUGUGCCAGUGCUUCUGAUGUAUUCAAAUGUUUCGUGUUAUUUUCUAACUGGACUACAACCUGGGCUGAGGAGUCUUCCGUGUGGUAGUUUAAAUGUAGUUUCAAAACAUGAAUAAACUUUUUGCUUUCAUGA